AUGUGGAAAAUUUGGAUAUUUCUAUUGUUAAAGAUCAUUUCGGCCUUAACCAUUAACAAUGAGGUGAUAACUACAUCUAAAUCUCAGGCAUCUCAGUCCCAAGAUAUUAUAAUUAGCCCUCAAGGUAAAUAUGUAUUUAUGCAAACACCAACAAUUACGUUCCUGAGAAAUUUUGAAAACCAGGGGACAUUUUCUGUGAGUACUGAACAAUUACAAAAGCUUUCAUUGAAAUUUCAGUACACAUCUGGAAAAUUCCUCAAUAAAGGAACAUUUACCGCCAUCACGUCUGACAUGGCACAAGCAACUGAGUUUUUAAUCAAGGUUAACCAAUUUACCAAUGAAGAUAAUGGUUACAUGAAAAUCGAAUCUGGGUCAAGAAGCGGCACACAGAAUAGUUUAAUCGAGGCAAGCUCAUUGAAAAACAAAGGGAUAAUUAUAAUUAAGAAUCAAGGAGUGAACAGAGGUACUUUUCAAAUAAAUUUGAAAACUACUAGUGGUAUAGGAGGUCUGUGGGGAAGUACAAAACCAGCGGUUGAGUUCUCUAAUGCUGGUACCAUCGAAUUAUACUUUCAGAAUUUCAAACAAGGGAAUUGGCCAAUAGUAGGCGGUGGUUGUAUUUACCUUGAAAAUAAGUCCUUACUCGAGCUUGAUACAAAUAAUGCUGCUAACUUGCAAACGUUUGUUUUUGGAGAACAAUCCACCAUAGUCAUUAACAAUUCCGUGAAAAACUUUUCUUUCAAGUUUAUGAAUUUUGCUCCAGGAAACAUAAUCCAAUCAAAAUAUUUACUAAGGUUUUCAUAUAGAUCUGAUACUGGGAUUGUAGAAUAUUUCCAUCCGGAGCGAUACCACAUCCUGAACCAGAACCAGAACAAAUAA